AUGAUGAUUUCCCCUGCUUCUUUAUCUGUUAUUGAAGUUGCUGAAGAUCACCAUUUUCAUCACAGGUUUACAUCCCAGUUUAGUGAUGAGUACAAAAUUCCUCGUGGAUCAAUCAUAGAGCUCUCAAGGGAAAAGGAACAAGUGCUUCGGACAUCAAUUGAUGGAAAGGAGGUGGGAAGUAUCCAGAGCCAACUCUUGUGUCGAUCACUACUAGAUCUAUACAUUGGUGAUGAUCCAUUUGAUCGAAAAGCCAAAGAAGACGUUGAGCUCAACUUGGCCUCCAUCCUUCAAAAAUAG